AUGUUCAACCUCAAUGCAUUCUACCUUUUACCCUUCAUAAUAUACUAUGUUGCAGCAGUUCCAACCCGUAGCGCGGAUGGAGAAAUGAACAAUAUCCAUCUACCGUUCAACUCUCUUUCAAAUGACUGGUUUCAUGAUGAUGAUCAUCCUGUUCACGCGUUAUUCAAACGGGCACCUGGAGAAGACAUUGAAUUUCCUAGCAUAGGCACUCCAGCCUGGGCAUCUGGAUAUCCACCUGGCCCACCAGACCCAGCUUUACUUCCAGUAGAAUGGGUUCGCGCUCUCGAAGAAGCUAUUGCGGCUGGGAAGAUUCCGGAUAUUCCUCAAACGACCAACUACCAGGGUUCCAGCCCUGUUUAUCCUUAUGGCAUAAAUCCAUCUAGCCCAGAGAUAUGCUCGUCGACAUAUAAAUGCCGAAUCCCUGGUGACUUUUGGGACUCUCCUAAUGGCGUUUUUGGGAGUUCUUUCGAUGAUGGCCCAACACCCUCGACACCACUUCUUGUUGAUUUUUUGAGUUCAGUGAACCAAACGACGACGCAUUUCAUGAUUGGUAUCAAGAUGCUCUAUCAGCCUACUCAGCUCCAGGCCAUGAUCGACGCAGGCCAUGAUCUUGCAAUUCACACUUGGACACACCCUUAUAUGACCACUCUCGAUAAUUACCAAAUUUUGGGACAACUUGGCUGGACUAUGCAACUGAUAUACAACUCGACAGGAGGUAGGCUUGCGAAGUUUUGGAGGCCUCCUUAUGGUGACUCCGAUAGGAGGGUGACCGCCAUUGCCAGAGAGGUGUUUGGCCUGCGUACCGUAAUCUGGAAUUACGACACCGACGACUGGAUCGCAACACCGCAAGAGAUAGGCUCUUCCAUGUCGCAAUUCUUAGCUGCCCCCAAAAGCCCCGGUCUCAUGGUCCUUUCGCACGAAUUGACUGACAUGAUGGUUUAUGCGUUCAUCAAAUCUUUCCCAGAAAUUGGAGCGAAUGGAUGGCGGUUUUCCUCUCUUGCCAAGGCAUUAGAAGACGGGCGCCCCUAUCAAGAUUCUUCAAGUUCGGGAGCUCAUAACCUGCAUCCUGAUGGAAUUGUUUUGGAUGUAGAACCUUACACCUCUACGGAGCUUACCCCAUCUCCCUCAGCUACGGACUUGGUAACAAGUAGUGCCAUCACACCCAGUCCUUCCGCCAUAUCUGCCAACACUGCUGAUGUCACGAAGAGUUCAACUGCCCUCAGAACUUUCCCUCUGUAUCUCCCCGUGUACAUCUAUCUUUGGACAUUCUGCGCAAUCGGGGCUUUAGGGUUCAGUUUAUGA